AUGCCUGAUAGAAAAAGUUGCCUUAUCUGUAACUCCCCAUACGCCAAAUACCAUUUCGGAGCUAUUUCCUGCCGAGCGUGUGCCGCAUUCUUCAGAAGAUGUGCGACCACUAAAAAGUUUCUGAUUUUCUGCAACUGCUUGACUAGAAGAGACACUCAAUACCCCUGUAGACUGUGUCGGAUGGAGAAAUGUGUUGCUGCAGGGAUGCAGGAAUCUCUGAUACGUGGUUCACGGGAUGUCAAUAACCAAGUCAAUGAGGAUAUGAAAGAGGGAAAAUCAACCGAAUUUGUUGGACCUCGAGUCCAGUGUGGAAUCAAACUUCGAUCCGUGGAAUUGAUCACCCAAACUACAAGAAACUACAGUAACCUGGAAACCAUUAGGUCUAUCAUAUUUUCCAAUGCUAAACAGAAUGUGACUCUCCACGAGUUUUCUUUAGAAAUCAAAAUUGAAUCGAAGCUAGUGUGGAAGCUAUGUGAGACAUCUUUUCUGGAAUUUGACAAGUUGAACAAGCAGGACAAAAAAACUUUAUUUUCCAACUUCCACACAAAAUGGAAUGUGCUUGAGAUGGGUAUGAAAUCUGCCAAGAAUAAGGAUCCAUAUAAUAAUUACUCUCCUUCUGGAGCCCGAGCUAAGCCAAUCAAAGAUUUUUAUACAAGUACAAAAACGAAUGAAAAAGAACGAUUAAGUGAUGAUGACAAGAAGAGGUGGCUAUUCGAGCCAAUCUGGAGGUUUCGAACUCAAAAUGUGUUGAGUCCAUUGGCAGCCUUGAAAUUUGAACCGAUGGAAAAUAUGGCAUUGUUUGGAAUAUUGCUCUGGGACCCGGGUUACACGAAUGUUUCUGAUGAUUUAGCAGAGAAAUGUUACGCAAUGCGAAAGAUCAUCUUGAAUGAGUUGAGUUGUUAUUUUAAGGAGAACGAAACGGACGAAAACAGAUUCUUUGAGACAAUGGACGCUUUGAGGAUACUUGAGCGUGCUGAAGAAAAGUGUCAACAGGAGUUAGAGUUAUGUGGAAUGUAUAAUGUAGCAGUAGAUGAGGAAAUGAAGAAUAUGGCGAUGUCGGAGAAAUAUUGA